CCCUAAAUUUAGUGGUUUUUGCAACCUGAAAUCCUGAAAUUGUAUUUGACAAUAAAAUGUAAAAUGUUACAUAUAAAAAUCAGUUAUGGAUCAUUUAUGAUUUAGAAUAAAACGGAUGUUGCAAAAUAAACGUUCUAUCCGACAAUUGUCAUGAUUUCCUCAAAUAUAACUUGCUACCUGCAUGUAAUAUUACUUCUAAACUCCGUGUGGCACAUAGUUGGACAGUACUAAUCUCCUUUACUCCCACUUGGUCCAUCUGUGACUCUGAGCUAUCUUAGUUUACAUGCAGCAGCAAAAUGCACCUGGAAAACACUUACUCUGAAAUAAAGUGAGUAUCUUUUCCACUCUUAUGUACUACAAACCAUAUAACAAUUUCAUUGAUAGUUACUCUCAGGUCAACUGACGUUAGCUUAAAAUUAGCCAGGGAAACAUUUGUCGUUAUGAUGCAAAGGAGUUAACCCCUGCUAGCUAAUUUAGCAACUAGCUAAUCUGUCUUUGUAAAUAUGACCUCAGUAGUGCUGUACAAAUAUGAUUGCAAACCGUUGUCUUUUUGUGUCCUGUCAGAACGUUUACAGCUCAUUCUCAUUCUCUAAUUUAGCUCGCUUGCUGAAUGUAAUGUUGUAAUGGGCUGAAGUCUGUCUUCAGGUAGUCAGUUCAAUUAGUACUAGCUAACACUUACUGUGAGAGCUGGUAAACAUCGACCAUAUGUCCAGCUGUCAACCAAAGAGCCAUAUGGUCUUCCAGAGUAAUACACAAGCUUUGAUUAGUGUGUUAACGUUCGUCUUUGUCAAAAUCGGAUUACCUUGUUCGUUUAACUACGUUAUCUAGCUAGCAUGCUGUUCAGUAAAACAACUACAGCGUCGAGUAGGGAGACACUUUAAUUUACGAUAUCUAAAAGAAAGUUGUUGUUGUUGUUUUUCUUACAUUUCUGCGUUGAGCUGUCGGUGAAUCAAACACAGGUACACUUUUGUCUCGGACUAGGUGAACUCUUGAAUGGAAAAGCCCAACGUCGGGGGCCAAUCGUACAGCAGCAGCUCUCCAAUGGGUAGUGUGUGAACGGUUCGAGUAAGAUAUUGACACACUGGUUAUGCCAUGGACGAGGUCCAGUCUAGACCCAUUUCUGCUCACUCUACAUAUUCUCAGAAGACGGAUGAUGGAGCUUCUGUCAUUGGAAACCACUCAGAGCACCACCUCACGGUCAAUCAGAGCGUGCAGGUGGUGGCCAGGCGUUCGGAGAGCCCCAGCGUAAACGAAGAGACGCUAUGUUUGCCCCGCAUUGUGCACUCUGUGGACGCCAGCACCAACACGGACCCGCCGCGCAGAUGCUGUGGCAAGCUCCGUCGCAUGUGCCCGUGCCCCCCGCGGGGGCUCCUGGCCUCCCUCAUAACCAAAGUUAGCCUAGCUUUAGUGCUUUUCGGCGUGGUGUGGUCCAUCACGGAGGAGGAGUGUCUCCCAGGACACAAUCUGUUCGGCAUCAUGACACUGUUCCUGUGCGCCAUCACGGGUGGGAAACUGGUGGGACUCAUCCGCCUCCCGAACCUGCCACCUUUCCCCCCGCUGCUGGGCAUGCUGCUGGCAGGGUUUCUCCUCAGAAACAUUCCCGUCGUAACGGACGCCGUCCGCAUCAACCACAGGUGGUCCGCCUCCCUGAGGAACAUUGCCCUGGCUGUCAUUCUGGCCAGAGCCGGACUGGGAUUGGACGGCUCGGCUCUGAAGAAGCUGAAGGGGGUGUGUGUGCGUGUGUCUUUGGGGCCUUGUCUAAUAGAAGCCAGCACCAUAGCAGUGGUGUCACACUUCCUAAUGGGCCUGCCUUGGGUCUGGGGCUUCAUAUUAGGGUUUGUUUUGGGUGCCGUGUCUCCUGCAGUGGUGGUGCCCUCCAUGUUACUGCUGCAGAAAGAUGGGUACGGGGUGGAGCAGGGUGUGCCCACCCUUCUCAUGGCUGCUGGCAGCUUUGACGACAUCUUGGCCAUCACUGGAUUUACCACCUGCAUGGGCAUGGCCUUCGCCACGGGCUCUACGUGGUUUAAUUUGUUGAGGGGGGUGCUAGAGGUUUUGGGGGGGAUGGCUGCUGGGGUAGCUCUGGGUUUCUUCCUCCGUUACUUCCCCAGCAGAGAUCAGAAACACUUGGUGAUGAAGCGGUCCUUCCUUCUGCUGGGUCUGUGUGUGUUCGCCGUGUUUGGCAGCAACGUGGCCGGGAUCCCGGGUUCGGGCGGGCUCUGCACGCUUGUUUUGGCCUUCCUGGCGGGACUGGGCUGGAGAAAGGCGAAGGUCCCGGUAGAGGGGGUGGUGGGACAUGCCUGGGACAUAUUUCAGCCUCUGCUCUUCGGUCUCAUCGGAGCUGAGAUCACCAUCACGAGUCUGGACGCCAACAGAGUCGGCCUUGGAUUGGCAGCUCUGUUUAUUGCUCUGACCGUGAGAAUCCUCUUCACCUUUGCCAUGGCGACGUGCGCAGGCUUUAACCUAAAGGAGAAGAUCUUCAUCGCUCUGGCGUGGAUGCCCAAGGCCACCGUCCAGGCUGCAAUCGGCUCCACGGCCCUGGACGUGGCUCGGAAUAAGGAACAAGAGGAGCUGAAGAAGUACGGGAUGGAUGUGCUCACCGUGGCCGUUCUCUCCAUCCUCAUCACCGCACCCAUCGGCGCCAUCCUCAUCGGCCUGACGGGACCCUGUCUCCUGCAGAAACCAAAGAACCCUGCCUGGGGCCGAAGUUCUCCAACAAACUCGGAAACACCGGUGACCUACGAGAGCGCCAUCUGAAUCCGGGCGGAACCUUCCUGAAUGCUUUGCCGCUUGCUUUCCAGGAGAAACAGUUCAGGAAGUAUCACGCCCCUGGAAGAGAAGGCGAACAGCAAAGCUACUGCCACCAUGGUCCUGUUCCCAGGGGAAUCUCCCCGCCCCCCCCCCGUCCCUCAAAGUCACCCUCUCUCGUCUGACAACUUGAAACCCCCCCCCCCCGGUGUAGGGGGGAAUCUCCAUGUAUAUUUAUAGUCGCUAGUAAUUUCCAGUCUGACAGCUUGGGGCAACAGGCCAAUGUUGAACCUCACUUUAGAAUCUGAUACCACUCAAUUCUGCAACUGCAUCAAUAGCCCGCAAAACAAUCAUCAUCAUCAGUAGGUAAGAACAGUACAGUGUAUACCCGUGGACGUGUUUUAUAACGAUGUUUUGGUAAUACGUUACUUGAACUGUGCGUGGCGAGGUUGGUCUAAACGGCAGUCGGUCAGUAAAGGGCCGCGACAGCCUCUCCUUGACAAAGUACUCCUUGACAAACCACAUUCUGUGUCUCCGCGCGGGCUGUGACAGAAGCGGUCAUGACUGUGUGCCAGGUCAACAGGGACACCUUACGGUGUAACAACACGGCAGCGUUGGCUCUGUCGCCGAUGCCUUCCGACUGGUGUGAUUAGCAGCGUUUUUGUACUGAAAAGCUGAAUGUGUCAUAGGUUCUGACUGAGUAGGCGUAUAAGAAAAAAAAAAAAAAAGAAUGGAUUUUUGUAUUUAUCGUUAGAGGUAAUGUAUUGUGCACUGUUUUCUUAUAUAAUAAUGCUCUAGCAAUGACAACAGAAACUCUGGUCUCCUUGACAAAACAGCCAUGACAAAUGACUUGCAGAGAAUGUUCUUCGAGUAAUCCUGAUUUUUUUUUUUUU